UAUCGGAACUAGCCGGCUAAGACAACAAACUGACGCCCCGAGAAGUUGUUGCGAUUUUACGUAGGAGGAAAUUUGUCGUGAUGGCAGGACUAGGGAUUGGAUGUGUCCUCCUUUUCCUUUUACCGGCUGUUUUGUCAGCAGGUAAAGCUAAAGGACCUAAAGUGACCGAUGUUGUUUUCUUCGACAUAGAAAUUGGUGGCAAACCAGUUGGAAGAAUUGAAAUUGGUUUGUUCGGUAAAACUGUGCCAAAAACUGCUGAAAAUUUCAAGAAAUUGGCAAUGGGUUCUGAGGAAAAAGAGGGCAAGACACUCACAUACAAAGGCAGCAAGUUUCAUAGAGUGAUAAAAGAUUUCAUGAUCCAGGGAGGUGAUUUCACACGAGGUGAUGGAACUGGAGGACGAAGUAUCUAUGGAGAAAAAUUUGCUGAUGAGAACUUCAAGCUUAAGCAUUAUGGUGCUGGAUGGUUGUCGAUGGCUAAUGCUGGAAAGGACACAAAUGGAUCUCAGUUUUUCAUUACCACUAAGAAAACACCAUGGCUUGAUGGCAGACAUGUUGUCUUUGGAAAAGUUCGUAACGGAAUGGAUGUCGUAAGGAAAAUUGAAAACAAUCCAACUGUUACUAAUGAUAAACCAAAAGAGGAUGUAGUUAUUGUAGAUUGUGGUGUCCUGAAAGUAGAUAGUUACACAGUAGAGAAAGCAGAUGCAACCGAUGAAGAUUAAACUGUAGAAAUCCAUUUUUUCAUUUCUUAUUUAAUAUUUUUUCAUCCAAAAAUGCUGUAUUCUCCAUUUAAAUGUUGCUGGGAUUAUAAUAUAUUGUUUUGAAAAUUGUGCUUUUGGGUCUAAAUUUCAUAUUAAUGGUAAAGAGAGUAAGUCAACAGUUUAAUAAUAGCUUUUAUCUACAACGUGUCUUUUGUAAUUAAUGGUUUUGAUAAUUUACAUGAUUGUGUAAAUAAAGAUUAUAAAUUUGUAUAAA